UCUCCUCCCAUCUCCAUCUCGAUCUCGAUCUCGCCGGCGGGGCAGUAGUAGCGUAGCAGUCGGUGCGCAGCGAUGGAGAUGCUGAGGCGGAACCUGAAGCGGCAGGCGUCGCGGUCCCUCUCAGCGUUCGCGGUGGCCUCCCCGCGGGGCGCCGCCGCCGCAGGCGACCAGGAGAAUCUCCACCCCAACCUGGCCGCCGCGUCGCCGCCGGUGUCCCCCGCCGCCAAGAGCUCCUCGACGCCGGGCGUGUCGCCGCGGUCGAAGCCCCUCCCGAGCAGCGCUGCUCCUUCCGUGGCUCCGGCGAAGGCCGCCGCCGCCGAGGAGGAGCAGGCUUCGGCGCCGGCCGACGACGCGCCCGCCGUCAAGGUCGUGGUGAGGGUGCGGCCGACGGUGAGCCGCCCGGUGGAUGGCAAGGAUCUGUUUUUCGUCCGCAAGACCUCCCCAUGCUCCGUCGCGGUCGGCGACCGGUUGUUCGCCGUCGACGGCUUCCUCGACGACCGGGCCUCCCAGGCGGAUGCGUUCGAUCUGGUCGGCGUGCCCAUGAUUGAGAGCGCCCUCGCUGGAUUCAAUUCAUCGCUCGUGUGCUACGGCCAGAGCGGCACGGGGAAGACGUACACCAUGUGGGGAGCCCUCGCGGCCAUGGUUGACAGCAGCUCCGACCACGCCGACAGGGGCGUCGUGCCUCGCGUCUUCCAGAACCUCUUUGCAAAAAUCCAAGGCAGGCAAGAGAGCUCACCGGAGAAACAGACAAGCUACCAAUGCCGGUGCUCGUUUCUUGAGGUAUAUAAUGAGCAGAUUAAUGACCUGUUGGAUCCAUCUCAGCGUAAUCUUCAGAUAAGAGAGAAUGCUGGCAAUGGUAUCCUUGUUGAGAACUUGACCGAUGAGUAUGUGUCAACGGUUGAGGACAUCAAUCAGAUCUUAAUAAAGGGCCUUUCAAACAGAAAGGUUGGCACCACCAGCAUGAACUUGAAAAGUUCACGUUCUCAUGUCAUAUUCACUUGUGUUAUUGAAGCAUGGAGCAAGGGUUUCUCAUCAAAUGGCUUCAGCAGCUCGCGGACUAGCAGAAUUACCUUUGUUGAUCUUGCUGGUCCUGAUACUGAUGAAGUUGAUGGUGGCAGCAAGUGUUGUACAAGAGAAGAAAGACAUGUUAAGAAGUCCCUGUCAAAGCUUGGGAAACUCGUCAAUAUUCUAUCAGAAGCACCAGAGACCCAGAAAGACGACUCUCCCCACAAGCAAUCCUGUUUGACGCAUGUGCUGAAGGAUACACUAGGUGGAAAUUCAAGGGUUACAUUCUUAUGUUCCAUUUCUUCAGAACACAGGUGCAGAACUGGGACUUUGAGCACACUACGAUUCGGUGAGAGAGCAAAGCUCAUGCCAAACAAGGCCGUGGUAAAUGAGAUAUCAGAAGAUGAUGUUAAUGGUUUGAGCGAUCAAAUACGUCAGUUGAAGGAUGAACUCAUACGAACAAAAUCCGGAGACACUGGAACCUGCAAGAAUGGGUAUUUCAGUGCACAGAAUGCCCGUGAAAGCCUGCAUAAUUUGCGAGUCAGUCUCAAUCGCUCUCUAAUCUUGCCUCACAUAGAAAUUGAUUCAGAGGAAGAGAUGGAUGUGGAUGAAGAGGAUGUAGAAGAACUGCGUGACCAAAUAAGAAAGCUUCACUCCUCAUCUGAAGACACUUUUGAGGAUUUCAUGGAUGCCGAGAGUGGAAAUGACUCUCCUUGCUCUAAGGGGAAUCCAAAACCAAGUGAAGAAGAUGAUCAGCCUGUAAUAGAUGAUUAUGAAGGCCCUAUUCAGGAAGACCAAGAUCUAUUGUCUGACAGGAAAUCUUUGCUAUCAGUUAGUGCCUCCCCACACCUGUCACCAAUGCAAGAUCCUACAUUGUGUUCAUCUCCAAAGAUUCACAGCAAGGCUAGAAAAAGCAUAACCUCACCCGGGCUGUCACCAAGCAAACUUAGUGUAUCUGAUUGUCCGGGCGAUGGCAAUGUUGAAGUGUCCAGAAAAAGUGCAGUUCGUUCCUCUUUACAGUCAAGCAAGCUUAGCCCAACUGAUUCACUGGCUGCAAGUCUCCAACGGGGCUUGCACAUUAUGGAGUACCAUGAACAGAACCAAGCCCCAAGAAAAUCAUUUGUUGGCCUUUCAUUUGAUCAUUUUGCACUGAAUCCCCAUCAAUCAGUUGCAAAAGUCAGUUCAGGAAUUCUGGCGUCACCAGUGAAUCAAGGAGCAACUUCUUCUGCCCUGUGUUCAUCCUGCAAGAAAGUGAUGGAUAUAGAUGGGAACCAAAAAGAAAGCAUAAAUACAGAAAAGCAGAUAGUAGUAGCCACUGGUGCGAUAUCUAAUGAAUCAGCUAAUGCUUCAGUUAAGGAGGACAACGACUCAACAACUGCUUCGAAGAGAGAGGUUGAACUUGAAGCUUUAUGUGAAGAACAAGCAGCGAAGAUCAAGGAGCUGAGCAAUUUGGUUGACCAAUAUAAGAAGGGCUCAGAAGAUGCUCAAAAUUCAGAUGGUGUUGAACCCACAACAGAACUAGCGGAUGACGCCAAGGUUGGUGACAGUAAGAUGUCACUAAAUGUGAAUGAUAGGGAAGAGCUUCUUAGUGAGAUUCAGAGAUUGAAGGAUCAGCUGAAACAACAGGCAGACAGAUAUACAAAUGAUAGCCUUCUGGAACAGAUAAGGAAUGGCAGCACAGAUCAAGAAUAUGAGCUAGACAAAGAGAGACAGAAGUGGAUGGAGUCCGAAAGCAAAUGGAUUUCGCUAACUGAAGAGCUGAGAGUUGAUCUUGAAUCAAACCGGAUGCAUGCAGAGAAAACAGAGAUGGAGCUUAGCAACGAGAAGAAGUGCACUGCAGAGCUGGAUGAUGCCCUCCAACGAGCCAUCUAUGGCCACGCCAGGAUAAUUGAGCACUAUGCCGAGCUCCAGGAGAUGUACAAUGAUCUUCUUGAGAGGCACCGCCGUGUAAUGGAAGGCAUCUCCGAGGUGAAGAGAGCAGCUGCCAAGGCAGGCAGGAAGGGCUGCGGGACGGCCUUCGCUGCUGCUCUUGCAGCAGAGCUUUCCACGGUGAGGAUUGACCGCGAGAAGGAAAGAGCGCAGCUGAAAGAGCAGAACAGAAGACUCCGCAUCCAGCUCCGCGACACAGCUGAAGCUGUCCAUGCUGCUGGAGAACUUCUUGUCAGAUUGAGAGAGGCAGAGGAGGCAUCCACACAAGAAAAGGAGAUGAGUGCAGCCAUGCAGCAAGAGAACGACAAGUUGAAGAAGCAGCUGGAGAAGAUGAAGAAGAAGCAUGAGAUGGAGAUCGAGACGAUGAAGCACUUCCUCGCGGACAGCCGGCUGCCGGAGUCAGCGCUGGGGGGGUUCUACCGCCAGGAGAGCGAGGAUGUGCCGGAGUACAACCAUGCCGCCGCCGCGUCUGCAUGCGACGAUGAUCAGUCUUGGCGGGCUGCGUUUACAUCUGCAUACGAAUGAGCCUGGAUGAUGACUGCUCGAAGGGUCGGGUCAACUGAGACUGGUUGACAAAUUGGGAAUGUGCAUUGCUUUGGUCUACUAUUUCUUUUUUUGCUUUUAUGUUUGUUCAGGUACA